GUUUAGCUAGAAGCUGCUACUGAGGCAACAAAGUUGGCCGCUGCAUGUCAGUGUUGUUCAGAUAUCAACAGUGUUUUUGGACAUAGGAUUAAUUUUAAACUCACCAUGUCUUGGGUCAAAGCUGUGUCGGGUAGCGUAGAUGUGUUUGACGAGGAUGGGGACGAACUCAGUCUGCAAAGUAGAGAGUGGACCUUCAACAUGAAGAAGCGAAUCAGGGACGGGUAUGUGGACGGAGUUGAUACCGGGGAGGAGGCCUCGCUGCAGGCCGGGUUUAACCUCGGGUUCAGGGAAGGAGCGGCUCAGACUGUAGCUGUGGGCCGACUCAAAGGGAUUGUAAGUGCUAUAUUGUGCUGGUGCCAGAUCCAACAUCCGGGAAGCCCCCUCCCAGCCUCGCUGACUGACCUCCUGCAGCGGGUUUCACAGCAUGAGGACACAAUCAAAGAGGGCAUCAAGAGGGCUUUGGAGAAUCCUCCUCCCAGUGUGAGCAGCGUGUCUGAGAGCAUGGAGGAGCUGCAGGUGGAGCAGGCGGGUUCAGACUGCUGUGGAGGAGAGGGGUGUAAAGAAACAGACUGCUGCAGGAAAGGAGAAAAUAUGGACAUGGACGUUCCUCACCAGCAACAAAAGCUCCACUCUGGUUCCACUGACUGCUCCUCCAACUCAAACAUCAACGACCUUGUGCAGCACUGCAUGGAUCUAGUGUCAGAGCUCAGACUGCCGCAGGAGCUGAUCAGUCAUAUACAGGAGCUGAAGAAUUUGUAGUGACUGAAAAUUAGCAUUGCAGUGGUGCUGGACAAUACCUGGACAGGCACAUGAACUAUGGAUUAAAACAGGUUUUACUGUAAAUUCCUUACAGGGAAAUGAAGUGCUUUUGAUGUAAAUAAUGUAAAAUAUAAUUUUGCUGUUAUGAUUUGUAUAAAAUGGUUCAAGAGUGUUUGAAAAUAAAAAUGGAUUUGCUAUUUUCACUGCA